AUGACUCAGGCCUCCCACUGGCUCACAGUGUAUCGGACUGGGGACCGAGGCUUCCUGCGGGCCGACGGCGCUUUGUUCCUUGUUGGUCGAAUGGAUGGAGACACUCAGGUCAAGCUUCGAGGUUUCAGAAUCGAGCUUGCUGAGGUUGAGAAUGCUAUUAUCAAAACUGCCGAGGGUAAAUUAGCGCAUGCCGUACUUAAUCUGCGGGAAGAGCACGAAAAUAAGUUCCUGGUAGCCCAUGUGGUCUUCUCCAGUGGCAAUGAUCAGAUUGAGCAACAGGCAUUGGUCAACAAACUUCAAGCGACGCUCCCAGUGCCAGAAUACAUGCGCCCUGCAAUGAUCAUCCCACUGGAUGAGAUUCUGUUGACUGCACACUUCAAGGUCAAUCGCAAAGCGAUCCAGGCUCUACCCCUUGAUGCAGCAUCCGUUGUGGGCCAGGCUUCGCUAAACCGAAAAAUAACUCCUCGGGAACAAGAUCUUGAGAGUCUCUGGCGAAGUGUUUUGCCUGUGUCUUCUCUGCACUCCAUCACCUCUACCACCAACUUAUUCCAUGUCGGAGGCAGCUCUUUGCCUCUUGUCAAGGUACAAAGAUUAAUCAAAGACAAGCUCCUCGCUGCGCCAAAGCUAAAUGAGCUGAUGAAUGCCGGUCGGCUGGCUGAAAUGGCUUCUCUCAUUGAAACAACACUAUCAUCCUGCAUCGACUGGGAUGCCGAGGUAUCCAUCCCAGAGUCAUGGGAGAUUGAAUUCUCUAACAUUGUUGGAUCAGCUCCACGCUCUGCGCAGGAGGGAGUUCAGGUCCUCUUGACUGGUGCAAAAGGAUACCUUGGAAGACAUUUGCCACAACUCAUACAGUCCAGCAACAUUUCGAAGAUUUUCUGCCUUGUGCGUCUUGGUACCGACAUGGAAGCAAUUCGAGCCGAAUUCGAACAUUUCGCGUCCGAAACAGAUGUGAUUCUCCACUUAGCUGCCAACAGAUUUUUCUGGGAUGACUACGAAAUCCUGAGAAGUGUCAAUCUUUUUUUGGUGAAAGAAAUUGCUCGUUUGGCGCUUGGUCGUCGCAUCCCCAUUCACUUCCUGUCGUCCGGGGCAAUUCGCGUGUAUGAGGACCUAGACGCACGGAAGCUCUACGAGAACACUGCCAGCGAUAACGCCCGUCUGCCUCCUGAUGAUGGUAGCGAUGGUUUUGCUGUGCCGGAGACCGACGAAAUGGUCAACCAGCUCGUGAACGUUGUCAGGAACCUUGGCAUCCGCUCUGCGAUGAAUGAACUUGCGGGAUGGGCUGACACCAUCCCCAUGCAUUUCACUGUUGAGAUAGUCCGUACUGCGCUUCUCGACCAGGAUAACAUCUCCGCAUUGACGGUGGUGGAGCAUCCUGCUGAGAGACGUAUUGAUUGGCGACGAUUUAUCGAGGCACUCACGACAGACACUCAGUUGUGUGAACUUCCCUCUAUGCCAACACUGCUGUGGAUUGGAGAAGCAAAAAGGGCGGGCUUCAGUUAUUUCAUGCCGUCGCAUCGUCUGAUUGUGAAGAGUGACACUGGUGAUAUAGUUUCAAGGCGUUGA